CGCGUUCCUGGUGAACGAGGGCGCGCUGGUGACGGCCUGCACCGACGACACGCUCAACAUGUGGAACAUCCGCCAGAAGAUUCCCGAGGUGGUGCACACGCUCAAGUUUCAGCGCGAGCGGACGACGUGCAUCAGUCUGCCGCUGCAGAGCAAGUGGCUGUACGUGGGCACCGAGAAGGGAAACGUGCACAUCGUCAACAUCGAGUCGUUCGUCGUCUCCGGCUACAUUAUCAACUGGAACAAGGCCAUCGAACUGUCGAGGAAAAACCACCCGGGCCCGGUCACCUGUCUGGUCGACAACCCCGUGGACAGCAACAAGCUGCUGAUUGGGUUCGAGACGGGCCUGCUGGUGCUCUGGGACCUGCGCACCAAGGCCGCCGACGUGCGGUGGCAGUCGGCCGAGCCGCUCCGCUCCGUCUGCUGGCUCUCCGACGGCAAGCAGUUCAUGUCCUCCCACGCCGACGGCUCGCUCUGUACGUGGAGCGUUAAGACGCCGCAGCGGCCGGUGGCCACCCAGUUCCCGCACGCCAAGACACGGGAAAACGGCCAGCAGGAGCCCUGCAAGGCCAUCCAGAAGGUCUCCUGGCUCUCCACCAGGGCGGGGCUGCUGGCGUCUCUGAGCCCGCUCGCCGGCUGGCGCGAGGAGGAAGAAAGUGAGCCGUACGUGAUCUUCACGGGCGGCCUGGGCCACGACACUGCCGGCCGGACCCCGAGCGUCACCGUGAUGCACGGACGCACCACCACAGUGCUGGAGAUGGAGCACAACGUGGUCGACUUCAUCGCGCUCGUCGACACCCCCUACCCCAGCGAGUUCCAGGACCCGUACGGCAUCGUGGUGCUGCUGCAGAACGACCUGGUGGUGGUGGACCUGACGUCGCCGGGCUACCCGUGCUUCGAGAACCCCUACCCGAUGGAUCUGCACGGCUCGACGGUCACCAGCUGCACCUAUCUGGCCGACUGUCCGGGCGACCUGGUGCCGGCCCUCUACAGCGUCGGCACCGCCAAACAAAACAGGACUGGUUUCAGCGAGAAGGAAUGGCCCAUCACCGGCGGAACGUGGGGUACCGGCGGCAACAGCUAUCCGGAGGUGGUCAUCACGGGCCACGCCGACGGCAGCGUCAAAUUUUGGGACGCCACCGCCGUCAGCUUCCAGGUGCUGUACAAGCUGAAGGUGUCCCGGGUGCUGGAGCGACAGCGCCGGUCUCAGGACGGCGACACGGAGGACCAGCUGGCCGUACAGCAGGUGGUGCUCUGUCCCGAGAGCCGGCAGCUGGCCGUCGCCGGAGCAUCCUAUGUCAUACACUUCCGAUUCAGCAGAAACGAAAAGAACGCCGAGGUGCCGUGUCUGGAGAUCCCCAUCGUGUACGAGACGUACGGCGACUCGGACCGGGACCCUCCCAGCGGCGACCCGGCCGUCACCGUCCGGCCGGCCGACUCCAUCGCCGGAGUCAACGGCAAAAAGGCGGAGCUCUCCCUACCGGUACGGUGCCGGUCGGGCCCGAUCCGGCGGCCCCCCGGCUUCCACCCGGAGCUGGUGUGUAUCACACCGGCCGUCAACGGAGAGCCGCCCGGCGUCAUCUCCAGUGUGGCCGUCAACUCGGCAUACGGACUGCUGGCGUACGGUAACGAGAGUGGCCUGGUGAUCGUCGACACUGUUCAGCGUACCUGUCUGCUGAACCUGGGCACCCCGGACCUGUACGGGCCGGCCGACCCGUACCAGCGCGCGCCGCGGUCACCGAAACAGCGGGCAGAGGAGGCCGAUCUGGGCCGGUCACCCGACUCCGAACAGAUCAACGGGCUGUGCCUGUCGCCGACGGCGGGCAAACAGGGCGGCGUGGGCAGCGUGUCGCCGCGCGGCCGCGACGUGCAGCGCUCCCGCUCACAAGAGCGGCUAGACACCCAGCAGACUGCCUCGCGCAGCAGCAGUCUGAGCAGUCUGGAGAACAUCAGCUCAGAGGCCAUCGUCUGCCUGCAGUUCGCCGACACGUUCGUCAACAAAUCCGAAUCUUCCACAUGUCCGUGUCUGCUGGUGGGCACUUCGCUGGGCAGCACACUGAUCGUGCAGGUGGCCCUGCCGCGCAGCGCCGACCGGACCACCCAGGCCGUCAGCGUAGCGCCCACAGGGUCGAUUUUCCGUCUGAACGGCGCCAUGCAGUGUAUCGCGCUGCUCGACUGCAGCGGGGCGCGGAUACCGGCGGCCGCCGAGACCUGGCGAGACGGGAACAAGGAACGAACACGGACCCCGUCUCGACCAACGGUGAGCUCGUGUGGCUCGCUGAGCGAGGCGGGCGGCGGCGACGGCCAGCUGUUGGUGCUCGUCUCGGAUAAACAGGCGCGCGUCCUGGCCACACCGUCACACAGCUGCCUCUGCAAACUGCAGAUCACAGAGACCUCGUUCGUGGUGCGCGCCGAAAUCAUCUCACUAAAAGACAGCGUGUGCCUGGUUUGUUACCUGGCCAACGGCCGGCUCAACUCGUACAGCCUGCCCAGCCUGAGGCCACUGAUGGAGGUGGAAUUCCUGCCGCUGAGCGACCUCAGUUUUCAGACGACCAAAUCGGCCAUAGCCGACCCCAUGCUGGCCAUAUGGGGCCAACAAAUGUUUGUUAACGAAGACGCGACGCAGAUGGCGCGCACGUUUUGUAUCAGCAACCACGGCCACGGCCUCUACCUGUGCUCGCCGUCCGAGAUUCAAAAGUUCACCAUCUCAUCAGAGUUCUGCACCCAGCUACAGGACAUGGUGGGAGAGCUGUUCCUGGCCUGUGACAUGCCGGAGCUGCCGCAGCAGGGCUUCCUCAAAGGGCUGUUUGGCGGCGGCGUGCGAUCACUGGACCGGGAGGAGCUCUUCGGCGAGACGUCUGGCAAGGCGUCGCGCAGUGUGGCCAAGCUGCUGACAGGCCCGACGGCGCAGGCCGAGCAGCUGCAGGCGCGCGUCUCCUCCACCGGCGGCGACGUGGGACGCGCGCGACAGGCCAUGAUCGAGCGCGGCCAGAAGCUCUCCAAGCUGGAGGACCGCACUGAACAGCUCAUGGCCGACGCCGACAACUUCUCCAGCACGGCGCACCAGCUCAUGAUGCGCUACAAGGACAAAAAGUGGUACCAACUGUGAGCGCGCCGGCGGCGGUCGGGACGCGCGUGAUAUCAGACCGAGUGCGGCCGGCGGCAAUAAUGGCGCGCUGGACGGCGGCGUACGCGGCGCGCCCGGGGUCAGUUUACAUGGUGUGACUCGCGCGCGCUGAGGACUGCCCGCGCUCGGGGCGGGUAUUUGUACUAGUCGGGCGGCCGGCGCCGCGUGCCGGUAGGGGCGGCCGGGUGCGCGCAGUGCCCGGAGCGGGUCGCCUUCCUCAACCCCUGCCCGAGUAGCGUUAUGUUUGUGAUAAUCUUGCAUUCCGUGUGGCGGCGGCGGCGCCUUCCAGUGCCGCGAGCGGCGCCGGGCGCCGGCCGACCGCCCGUGUGUGCGUGCGUGUCCUUUAGGGUGGCGGCGGCAGCGGAGCGCCGGGGCGGGCCGGUGCAUACAUAGCCCUGGUCGAGAGCCGGACGGCCGCCGCGCAGAGCUUUAGGGCGGCGGGGCGCGGGCGGCGGGGCCGGGGUCGCCUCUGAGAGCGCCGCCGGACGGCAGCACGGACCGCUGGGCCAAAUGGUGUUAGAUUGUUGGUUCGAGUUGCUGCAGUUGUUUUGUUAGUUACUGGAAUGAUUAUGAAUACACUGGCAAACCAUCACUGAAGGGACUAAA